AUGGAUGAUGAAAUAUCAAGAAUUUUAAAUUCGCCAACAUAUUAUGAUGUCUUGCAGGUAGAUAGAAAUGUUGAUCAAGAAGCUCUUAAAAGAGCUUACAGAAAAGUUGCAUUGAAAGUUCAUCCAGACAGAUGCAAGCACGAAAAAGCUACCGAAGCAUUUCAAAAAGUUUCACACGCCUACGAAGUCCUUUCUGAUGAAAACAAAAGAAGACAAUACGAUUUAUACGGAGAAACAGGUCCACGACCAAUGAGAGCUCAAGAAGCAGAGGGAGCUCGCGUCUUUGUACAAGAAAUAGAUCCAGAUAUAUCCAGACAAUUCUUCGGUUUUCAUCAAUUUGGCUUUGGAGAUGACUUUGAUGAUUUUCCAUUUGGCAACGUACAUUUUCGCAGAUACAAUUAUGCAAGACCACAAGAGCAGAAUUUACAUCCAUUCAGGAAUUUCCAUCUUCUAUCAAUUCUUGUUAUUUUUAUUGUUAUGAUUUUGCUCAAUUCAUUUGUACAGAGAAUGGGAUCAGGAAAUAUAGAAAGUUUGAUAAAGUCUAAUCUAGUAUUUAAUGGUAUGCCAAAAAAUGCUGAUAGAAAAUACAUUGAUUUUACAACAUUAUACUCACAGGAACCUUUCCAGAUACCUUACGAUGUUUAUGUUACUGUUUAUCGAAAAUUAGGUGGGGUUAGUCCUCAAGAAUUAACUAGAUUCAUACGAGAUGUUGCAGAUUCUGAAUAUAUUAACUUUAUGAAGGAAAAAUGCAAAGCAGAAUCCACACAUAGCCUUCCUAAGACAUCUUGUAAUAGAGUUAACGAAUUGGUGAAACAAAGACCAAGAAAAUCUGUCUUUGAUCUUUAA